CGGUCUUGCGUUUCCGCGCGGACAGCUCGUUGAGCUCGUGGAGAUUGUAUUGUGGCGAAACUGGGCGAAACGUUGUGAAGGUGCGUCAAGGAACCAAAGUCUCUUCUAGCGGUACUGCGUUGAGGGUGAUACACAAACGAGGAAACAACAAUAAUUCGUAAGGAUGGCUGCGAUCAGUCUGUUGAAUCCGAAAGCCGAGUUUGCCCGGGCGGCGCAGGCCUUGGCGGUAAACAUCUCCGCCGCGAAGGGAAUCCAAGAUGUGAUGAGAACCAACUUGGGGCCGAAGGGAACCAUGAAGAUGCUAGUUUCUGGAGCCGGAGAUAUAAAGAUCACCAAGGACGGCAACGUGCUCCUUCACGAGAUGCAAAUCCAACAUCCCACGGCAUCUCUAAUAGCGAGAGCGUCCACUGCUCAGGACGACAUGACUGGUGAUGGCACAACCAGCACUGUGCUGGUCAUUGGUGAACUCCUUAAGCAAGCCGAUCUGUAUAUAACAGAAGGGCUGCAUCCUCGAAUGCUCACAGAUGGUUUCGAUCUGGCACGGGCCAAGGCGUUAGAAGUCCUAGACUCUAUAAAGAUUCCAAUUGAACCUGUCAAGCAGAGCUUGUUGGACAUCGCGAAGACUUCCCUGCGAACGAAGGUUCAUCAUACUGUGGCCGACAAGUUAACUGAAAUUUGCGUGGACGCCGUACUGGCUAUUAGACAGCAAGGCAAGGAGAUUGACCUGCAUAUGAUAGAACUAAUGGAAAUGCAGCACCGAACGGCAGAUGACACCACUUUGAUUCGUGGUAUAGUCACAGAUCAUGGAUCCAGACAUCCAGAUAUGCCAAAAAGAUUGGAGAAUGCGUACAUUCUGACCUGUAAUGUGAGCCUAGAAUAUGAAAAAAGUGAGGUAAAUAGUGGAUUCUUUUAUAAAUCGGCAGAGGAACGUGAAAAGUUAGUGGCCGCCGAACGUGUGUUUAUCGAUAAUCGCGUGAAAAAGAUUAUUGAGUUGAAGAAGAAAUUGUGCAAUGGAACGGAUAAGUCGUUCGUUGUGAUAAAUCAGAAAGGGAUCGAUCCGUCUUCUCUCGAUAUGUUCGCGAAGGAAAACAUUAUCGCUUUGCGCAGAGCUAAGCGCAGAAACAUGGAGCGUUUAGCGCUCGCAUGUGGUGGUGUAGCCAUGAAUUCUGUGGACGAUUUGAAAGAAGAGCAUCUGGGAUGGGCUGGUCUUGUGUACGAACAUGUUCUGGGAGAAACUAAGUAUACUUUUAUAGAGGAGUGCAAAAAGCCAAAUUCUGUAACCAUUUUACUGAAGGGACCUAAUAAGUUUACACUGGAACAACUCAAAGACGCUGUGCGUGAUGGACUUAGAGCUAUAAAGAACGCUAUCGAUGAUCGUGCGAUCAUUCCCGGAGCCGGAACCUUUGAGGUUGCAGCUAGUCAAGCCCUUCAACGAUACAAGGAGCAAGUGAAAGGAAAGCAACGUUUAGGAGUGCAGGCCUACGCCGAAGCUUUACUUGUUAUUCCGAAGACUCUCGCCGUUAAUAGUGGAUUCGAUCCGCAAGAUACAAUUGUCAAAUUAUUCGAGGAAAGCACCACUUUAGGAGAACCAGUAGGAUUAGAUCUCUCUACAGGAGAAGCUAUAAAACCUGCGGAUGCUGGCGUUUAUGACAAUUACAAUGUAAAGAAACAAAUUAUCAACUCGUGCACGAUAAUCGCCAGUAAUCUCCUUCUGGUUGACGAAAUAAUGAGAGCAGGAUUAUCUUCACUAAAGGGUUAAAUUACAAUGCAAAUCUUAUGGAAUUAAAAGUUUAAGAACCACUAAUAGUUUUUUACGAAAUAAAAUUAUUAAAUUAUCACAUUCAUUUUGCAUUAUAUCUGUUAAUCAAAUACAUCGCUUGUCUUCUAACGUUAAUAUUUAAUAACACAAUAAUGAAUUUUUACAUUAAACUUAAUAAAAUGUUUUCGUAAAAAGUAUUCUAUUUACUUACAAAAUUUCAUAACAAUGCGAAAUUUAAACUAAAAAA